UAGGUCUCGGCGUGUUCGUUUAAUGAUCCUCAUUCUAAGCUCGAAUGUGUGCGACGGUUUCACCAUCAGCGCUAAAGCAAUGAUCUAUCAUCUAGUGGCGCAAACUAACGACCAUCGUCAUUUACCGCGGCCUUCGGAUGAAAAGCUAUUACCACGCGGUCAAGUUCAACGCAGUUAGUUGCAACCAGGCAAAAUGAUAAGUCAAUCGGACCAGAUCGGACGAUCCGGAGCCAGAGAUCACUGAAGCCAUGCUCGAUUUCCUGAUUCCUUUUCUUUGCCAGCAUGUGUUUAUGAGAAAUAUAUUCGAUUUGAAAUGUAAUAUGGAGCAGCUGAAGAGCAUAGAUCCGAACUACGGUGUUACGUGGAUGUUUCUGCCCGACGAUCAGGGUGUGCCACAUGUAGUGGACUUAACAGUGCCCAAUGAUACCUCUUCGGAUGGGAAAAACUUCUGGAGCGAUGUCAACGAUGAAGUGACGUUCUAUUUCUACAGACAAAAAACCAAAGGAAGCCCAAUUGCCUUCAAGUUCAAAAAUGACCCGUCCGUCCCUCUGAAAUUCCCGACCAAUUAUGACCCUCAAUUACCUACGAAGGUCGUAAUCCACGGUUGGCGUAAUUCUGUCAGCAGUCCCGUUUGCCAGCAGAUUAAGGAUGCCUACCUGCAACGCGAAGAUAUGAACGUUCUUGUGGUUGAUUGGGGUCCCCUGGCACAGGAUACCCUCUACUUCAGAUCGGCAACUGCAACAAAAGAUGUAGGUCGUCACGUAGGAUCGCUCAUUGAUCGAAUGGUAGCCGAGCGAAGUACCAGUUUGAACUCGGUGCACAUCAUUGGCCACAGUUUGGGAGCGCAUACUUCGGGAUUCGCUGGACGAGCAGUUCGGUCAGGGAACGUUUCGCGUAUUACAGGCCUUGACCCGGCCCUUCCCGGAUUCGUAGACAUGCAACCGGACAAGCUCCUGGAUCCGACUGAUGCACGGUUCGUGGAUGUCAUUCACACUUGCUCCGGAAUGUUGGGACAUAACAAAAACCUUGGCCAUGUCGAUUUCUGGCCCAAUGGAGGCACUGUGACACAACCUGGAUGUAACGGUAUGGAGGACUUUACGGGAGCCUGUAGUCAUGGACGAUCGUACAUUUAUUACGCGGAGUCGGUGAACAGACGGAAUGCCUUCAUGGCUCUGCCGUGUGAAAAUAUGAAUGACUAUAAAAACAAUCAGUGUAGAACCAAUCCGGUUCCAAUGGGUGAUGCUGUUCCAUUAACUGCCAAAGGUUCUCAUUACUUGGAAACAAACGCAGAACCCGCUUAUGGAAGGGGCUUCAGGAGGUGAUAACGCUGAGAAUUCAUACAUGUUGUGUUACUAUAAAUAUAAUAUAUUAACUUGAUUCAAAUGUUAUACAUAAGUCAGUAAGUAGAAUAACACAUUCAUAAAUACGAUCAAAACUUGUACAAAUCCAUUCGAUAUUUGGCUUCCAA